UGGCUGCUCGUCACGCGCGGAGGGAGGUGUAGCGCUGCCCGCCGUCACCUGUCUGUGGGGGUGGGAUGUUCACACCACUGGACCUAUCCCCAUGUACAGUAGGAAAACGAAAGUGGUUGAGCGCGCCUCCGGUGAACGCUCCGUGUAGCGAAACAAACAGGAACUAAUUUGGAAAGUGCAGAGGUAGAUUUAUUACCCCUAGUACUUAUUAUUUGCAACUUGAAGAACUGAGUGCAAUAGUUUUCUAUAUCUUGUGACGAAAUAAAGAUGGGCACGGAGGGGAGAUAAGCAGUUGUUUGCCAUGGUGAUUCAACCACUUCAAGUGUGUAACUACCGGAAGUAGAGCACAUUAACAGGCUUAAACAUCAUCUUAAUGAACAAAUCCACAAGGGCCGUGACGAGGAUUCGAACCUUAAUGCUUUGGUCAUGUAGGCCUAUGUCACCAACCAAUGGGAUUCCUUGUUUCUCGAAGAACAGCAGCAGUAAAGGAGUGAAACCGAGCUGUAGACGAGGUGUUGCUCCUUAGUGCAGUGUGCUUCAGGUACCAUGGUCAGCGAUGACUGAACCCCCACAGUGCCAUGGCCAGUGCCAGAAGGUACCCCUACAGUGCCAGACGGCACCCUCACAGUGCCAUGGCUAGUGACGACACUACCCCCACACACAAAGUGAGGGCGCAGCAGUAAUGGCGUCGUUUCUACAGCUGGCUCUGUCCCCCUUCCCGCGCCGUCGCAAGACGGAACGAUCCUCCACCUCGUCCCAGGACACCCUGACGGGCACGCCGCCCCCGUCACCCGCGCCCAAGACCCGGUCAGUGGGCAUCCAGACGCCCGUGCUGCAGCGGCGGGCGGUGGGCGUGGGAGUGGGCGAGGCGCCCUCCACCCCCAGUAGUCUCAGGAGAUUUAAGGAGAAGACCCGCAGUGCCUGGCACUCCUCGCCCCUCUUGAGCCGUCGGCACUCCCAGGACACCGUGAGGGAGGGCAGUGUCACGCCUGUCCUACUCCGGAGGAAGGUAGCCUCGCCUGUCUCUACAGACCCGUCACUCCCGUCACCUGGAAGGUGUGGGUCUCCUACAGGCACGCUCUCCUGCACCUCCGUCAGUAGCCACGACCCUCCGCCCACGCCGCCCUCGUCCACCUCCUCCUACCACUACGACCCCCCGCCCACGCCCGCCCACCACUGCCCCUCCUCCAGCAGCUUAGACAGCGAGGGCGCCCAUGUGGUCCACGUGGGGGCGGCCGGGCUGGCCGUGGGCGGGAUGAGGGCGUGGGAGCGUGAGGUGGUGCUGAGGGAGGGGGCGGGAGGCAGGCGUGAGGGGCUGAGGGAGAGUGUGAGGAUGUCUCAGUGUGUGGUAUGGCACUGUCUGCCCUUCACAAGCAAGAGGAAGGAACAGGAAAAAGAAAACGGGGGACAGGAGUACACGGCGGCCGCCCGGGACCAGCGAGUCAGCUAUAUUGCUGAAGAGGUGCGAGGCGUGAGCAACGUGCAGCUUUGCAAGAGGGACGGCUGCACGCUGGGCCUCAUUGUUGCAGGAGGCGUGGACAAGGGACACCGGGCCCGCGUGGCCAACCUCCGGCCGGGGUCGCCGGCGCAUCGCUCCGACGCCCUCAGUGUUGGCGACUACAUCCUCGCCGUCAACGGGGUUCGAACCCACGCCCUCUCCCACGCCCAGAUAGUCUCACUCCUCAAGAACGCCGGGGACAAGGUCGACCUCGAAGUGGAGUACGAGAUACCAAAUUCACCGGUGCAUGGGAGCGGGAGUGUGGUGGGGAGGACGGCAGGUGUGGUGCUGGAGAAGGAAGAGGGUAGUUUUGGCUUCACUGUGCGGGGCGGCUCCUCCCACGACGGCCCCAAGUCCAGACCCCUGAUCGUGACCCACAUCAGGCCAGGAGGACCUGCGGACAGAGAAGGGACGAUUAAGGCAGGAGACCGCCUGGUGGGCGUCGACGGCCGGGACCUGACGCGAUGCACUUUGACGGAGGCCCAAGAAGCCCUUCGCCGGGUAGAACGCAGCGCCACCCUCACCAUAGAGUAUGAUGUGUCUGUGAUGGAUGGAGUGCGGGGAACGGGCGGACCCUUGCUGGUGGAGAUAGAGCGGGCGAUGGGCACCUCCUUGGGCAUCACUCUCACCCAUGCCCACCCACAACCCAAUGCCAUCGUCAUAGAGACCAUCCGCACAGCCAGCAUUGCUGAGAGAUGUGGUGCACUGGCAGUAAACGACAUUGUGGCUGCAAUAGAUGGGACACGACUCGAUCAGUUGACAGUGGCCGAGGCUGCUCAGCUGCUAAAAACUGCACCUGGAUCACAUGUCACACUGGAGAUCAUACCGGGAUCUGCUGGACAGCCCAGGAUGACGUUUCGCAGAGGAGGUGGCGUAGCAUUUCCACAUUUGUAUGGUGUGGUAGGCAGCAGCAGUGGGUAUGGUAGUGGUGGCGGAGGCGGGUACAUGUCCGGAGCCUCUAGUUACAACACCCUUACCUCACAGCGGCCGCGUUCAGCUGCCGCUAGAAGAGUAAAUAGACGAACUAGACCCAAUGAUAGAGCAGAAACAGGAUCUGUUUCCUCACAUACUACGGGAGGAGGCAGUAUAGGGAAGGUGGGAGUGUGUCACCCCGAGUGUCUCGCAGUGACACUUGUGGUUGAAGGUCGGGGCUAUGGACUCGUGCUUCGUCCACCGCCACACCCUGCUGACCCUGACACAGCCUUACCUGUUGUUGCUGCCAUCGACCCAGGAGGACCUGCUGACAAAUGUAGUAUCAUAAGUGUGGGAGACCGUCUAAUGGGUGUGAAUGGCCGCAGUGUAUCAGGUCUCGGCGUCAGCGAGGUCACCCAGAUGGUAGCCAACUCUCGCCCAACAGUCACCCUGGAUGUUGAAUUUGAUGUUGCCGAUUCUGUUGUGCCUUCAUCUGGCACCUUUGCUGUCAAGUUAGCCAAAAGACAUAACGGCCUUGGUAUUACAUUGACUGCUGGGCGUCGAGCAGGUUCAGGAGAGCCUCUACUAAUUAGUGAGGUGGUUCGAGGUUCACCAGCACAUCGGUCAGGAACCAUGCAACCAGGUGACAGGCUUUUAGCUAUCGAUGACACCCGCUUAGAAAAUCUGACCUUGGAGGAUGCAAAAACCAUUCUUCAGUGUUGUGAUGAAAUUGUCACACUCAGAGUGCAAAAAGAUGAAUUAUAUUCAGAGGAGAGUGGGGGACUAGUGAUCUACACAGUGGAGCUGGUUCGUCAUGGAGGUGCGCUGGGAAUUACCAUUUCUGGCAGCGAGGAGCCCUUUGAUCCAAUUUACAUUGCUGGGCUUGCUCCAGGUGGGUUAGCAGACCGAACUGGAGCUAUUCAUGUGGGUGAUCGCCUUCUGGCCAUCAAUGGUGCAUCAUUGAGAGGAAAACCUCUGAGUGAGGCCAUUCUUAUGCUUCAGAACUCUGGUGAUACUGUCACUCUCAAGAUUUCCCGACCCAGAGAGACUGGGGUUCCUAGUGACGAACUGGGGCGAGAUGAUUGGUUGGGACGAUUUGGGCCAGCCAUACCAUCCGUAGACUCUGCAGUAGAGUCCUGGGACAGCUCGGGAAUGGACCCCCCUCCUCCUGGUUCUACUCCAGCACUGUCAAAGAGAGAUUCUGGCUCAGAUAUUGUCUUCAGAUCAGACUGUGGUAGUACUGUACGACGGAGAGGGGGGCUGGAGUUUAGAGAGGAGAGCACUGGUCCUGGGGACACUGACAGUGUCGAGGCCAACAGAAAAGCUCCUGAAGAGGAAACGAGGGACACUUGGGGAUCUCCUUCUCCCCCACCAUCCAUAGACAGUGGCCAGUCAGAGGAUAAAACGGACUGGGACAAGAUGAUUGCAGACCUCAACCAGAUAAGCGAGAGCUGUGGUCUCCGGGAUCGUCCUCAGUCACCCCCAAUCCUUCUACCUCAUGGACAUGCAGGUACAGCUAUUCAACGCAAGAAGGAAAGUCAAGUAAAUACUAGUGAGGUACCUGUUAGCAGUGCAGGAACUGAUAAUGCUCGUUGUCAGACUUUAUCUGCACGGAGACGUCCUGCAACUAGCGUUGCUAAUAUGGGCAUUGAUGGGGUAGAAGCCAAAGAGGAAGGUAGCUAUUCCAUCAGUAAUGCUGCACUUACAUACUCUGCCACAUAUGCAAGACAAGCUUCACCUCCACCUGGCGGCGGACAGGUGUACCAGGUGACUCUACUGAAGGAUCGCGUGUAUGAAGACUUCGGAUUUAGUGUAUCUGAUGGCCUCUAUGAGAAAGGAGUUUAUGUCAAUAGAAUACGAAAGGGUGGACCAGCUGACAGAUCUAGCAUACUAAAACCAUUUGAUAGAAUUCUGCAGGUAAAUGAUACCAGAACACACGACUUUGACUGCUGCCUCACAGUGCCUCUUAUGGCAGCAGCAGGAGACCGCCUGCUGCUGGUGGUGUCCAGAAAUCCUCUUGUCAAUCCAACGUUGGACUUCUCUUCCGAUAUACACUCUCCUACAUGGCAUGAUAUUGAAGAGGAUGAGGAGGAUGAGGCAGCUGAAGAAAAUGACCUUGGCGAGCAGGAUCUUGAGCCGUACUCUUCACUCACGCCCUCCUUUACACCAAUACCUACAAUCUUAAAGACGCUUUAAGCACUUGUGAAGGUUCAGGAAAAAUAUUAAUUGAACUAGUACAAUUAAAUGCUAUUUAGUAUGCUUUAACACUAAAACAGUUUGAGUUGUUUAUAUUAAUAUUGAGGAAUGUAGGAUUUACUUAAGCAGAGGCCUAAUAUUACUUUAAUAUAAAAAAGUUAUAUAUGAUUUUAUAUUUGGAAUAUAUGUAGCAUUCAUAUUUUUUUUAAUGAUUUGCACUAAAAUCUUAUGGUUUUUAAGUGGUAAUGUGUUAUAGAUCUCUCUAGUUCAUCACUGUUUACAUUCUCACCGAAAUACUUUGUGUUAGAGGAAUAAGAAGUUUGUUCCAGAUACGUAUGUAAAGCAUUAGGACAUUUAAUGUAGGAUUGGAUGAAAACUGAACCUGAUCAGAGAAGUACAGAAUAUCUAAUAUAUAGCAAAAUAUCAACUCUUUCUCCAGUUUUAUGUUAUAUAAUGUAAAUUACAAAAAGUUAUAUACAUAACUUCUUACAAAUGUGAAUGAGACAAAUUUUUGUGAUGACUCCUUCUGUACCUCAGUCUGUUAGUGAAGGAAAUAAUUUGUAUUUGGGGAGGACGUAAGGCAUAUACACUCCCACUGAGCAUAAACAAUAUUGCCGGAACAAAUGUAGACAUCUUCAAAAGAAAACUGGAUAGUUAUCUGCAAGAAGUGCCGGACUAACUGGGCUGUGGUGGAUAUGUGGGCCUGUGUGCCACUCCAAGCAACAGCCUAGUGGACCAAGCUCUCUCAAGUCAAACCUGGCCUAAGGCUGGGCUUGGGGAUUAAAACAAAUCCCAGAACCCUUCGAGGUAUAAUCUAGGUACAUAAUUAACAAAGUAAUGAAGAAGAAUCUCUUGUUACCCGUCUUGUAGAAUAAUAAUGGCAAAAGGAGCCAAUCUAAUGUUCAGCUUAUGUUAAUAUUAUAACGGAACCUGAAUCUUAAUAGCGACACUAAGAGUUACGUGGAAGGAGUGUCGUGCCAAUGCUACGGGUUUGUGUUCACAGCCGUGCUAGGCCAGGCACGGCUUGUGGGUUGGUAUGUGUGCAAUGAGGCCAUCAUUGUUAAUGCUUCAUACUGUUUAACCCUUAAUUUGGCCCCCCCCCCCUCACUUUAUAUGGAGUAGAGAACUGCAUAAUUGGGUGUGUGCUUUAUUCAUUUUCUCUGCACUUAAUAUGCUGUAAGAGGAGUUUGCAUACGAGUGCCUUACACUAUUGUAUAUUUAUGAAUAUAUUUUCUUUUCGUAAUAUAUCAGAAUCUCAAACAAUGUACAUAUUGUAUAUGAUCAUUUUAGUACUGUAACUUUUAAGAAUUUGUUAAUUACUUGCUAGCAUCAUGUGGUUUUGGACUGAUUAAUACAACA